UUGAGGGCCCGAGGCGGAGGGUGGCGGCCGAGCGCCGGAUUCCGCGGAGUCUGGAAGUGCGGCGGCCGGGCGCGCGGGGCGAGCGGCGAGCGGAGCCGGCCGGAGCGGGCCGGGCAGCGGCCGCCGCCGUCCCGGGGCGUGCGGGCGGGCGCGGGCAGGAGGAUGGAGCUGAACUCCUUGCUGAUCCUGCUGGAGGCGGCCGAGUACCUGGAGCGCAGGGAGCGAGAGGCCGAGCACGGCUACGCCUCGGUGCUGCCCUUCGACGGCGACUUCGCCAGGGAGAAAACAAAGGCGGCCAGCCUGGUGCGCAAGGCCCCGAACAACAGGUCUUCACACAACGAGCUAGAAAAGCACAGACGAGCCAAACUCAGGCUGUACCUGGAGCAGCUUAAGCAGCUGGUGCCCCUGGGUCCUGACAGCACCCGCCACACCACACUGAGCCUCCUGAAGCGGGCCAAGGUGCACAUCAAGAAACUGGAGGAGCAGGACCGCCGGGCACUGAGCAUCAAGGAGCAGCUGCAGCAGGAGCAUCGCUUCCUGAAACGGCGUCUGGAGCAGCUGUCGGUGCAGAGCGUGGAGCGUGUGCGCACGGAUAGCACGGGCUCCGCCGUCUCCACGGACGACUCAGAGCAAGAGGUGGACAUAGAGGGCAUGGAGUUUGGCCCUGGUGAGCUGGACAGUGUUGGCAGCAGCAGUGACGCGGACGACCACUACAGCCUGCAGAGUGGCAGCAGCGGUGACAGCGGCUUCGGCCCCCACUGCCGGCGGCCGGGCCGCCCCACCCUCUCAUAGGCCUGUGCCCUCUGCUGCUUGGCCUGCCUGCCUGCCAGCCACGCGUGUCAGCCCUCCAGUUCUCCUUCAGUUGAUGCCAGCCUCUCCACAGGCCCACUGCUGUGCCAUUCUGGAAGCUCCAGCUGCCACCUGGGCUGCCUGGCACUGUCUGCUUGCUGGUCAGGGCCUGCCGAGCCACCUGCCCCUCCCAGCUGGGCAGGGUCCCCUGCAAGGAGGCAGGGCCCAGCUCCCACGCCCGGAGCCCUGGUCAGCAUAGCCGCCCACGGUCUGUUCUCAGAUUCCUAAUCAUUCCAGAAGUAUUAAAUGUCAUUGCUGCAAACCUGGGCGGGCGCCGUGUGAGGAAGCUUAAUGACCACCACAGGGAGCUCAGACCCCCAACCCUGGAUCCCAGGAGAAAGGAGCGGACUGAGAAGGAAGGAAGGCAAGGCUGGCUGGCCAUCUGUCUGUCUGUUCACGUAGGCUCCUGGCGUGGACAAGGGAUCUGUGAAGGGCGGGACUUGGGUGAGCACCUGGGGCAGGUGGGUGGUCAGGGUCCUUCCCGCCUCAAAGGUGUCAGGGCCGAGGGCUGGGCUCUCCAUGCUGGGCAGCGUCUGCUCCGGUAGGACUGUCAGACGCGCACACGCACACACCUAGGCACACGCACCUGUGUACACGCUCACACAGACACACCUGGGUGCCCUGAGGUCACAUGUUCUGGGGAUGAUGGCCUGCAGGGGUCAUCUGGCAAACAGCAGCCCCUGGACUGUGCCUGCUUCCCCCUCCAGCUCUGCUCACCCGUGCCCGCCCAGCAGUCCUGCCUGUGCACAGGAAAGGGGCUUCUCUUCCUGGCUGGGGCUGGGGUGAGCUGGAGUUGCAGCCGCUGGGUCCUCGGGGGCUUUUUCAUCUCCCUUUUUUUAAACAAAAAGCAAAAAAUUAAAUGCUGCACUGCCCCGCAGCCCAGUGAGGGCUCCGGAGCCUCCUUAGGAAAGGGGUCUUUAUGAGCUCCGCGGCGGCAGCCUCGGCUGUCGGAGAGGCUUUCCCAAAAAACGGAAGCAUUUUUAACAAGAAGGGAGCGUCAAGACUCUCGGCCAAGGGGCGUCCGUGUGUGCUGCCUGUUCCCUGAACCAGAUUUUUGUACUCUAUUUUCCUAGCUGUCAUUGUGUCCUUGUUUGCCGAGGGGUGGGAGCCACCCAGCGUCUCAGGGACCUGUCCCUCUGUCAUGUCGUCAGAGUGUGCCUUGUGUCUUGUGUCUGGCCUUGCCCUGCCCACCAGCAUGUCCCAGGCUCAGGGUGCCCCAGGCCUGCCCAGCCAGUGCUGUACUCCCGGCCCCUGUGGACAGCCCCUCCCUCCGGCCAGGGCUUCCUGGGGGCACUGCAGCCAGGCCCUUGUGGGCGGCACAGAGGGGCCGUGACCUGACCCCUAGUGUUGCCUUCCCCCCGCGGCUGGCAGGGACCUGCUUUCUCCCUAAAGAGGUGGAUUCUCACCUUCACCUGCCUCGAGACCCCCACUUCCUGGCCUAGGCGAGAGUGCCAGGUUUCAGACGCUGGCAGCCAGUGAAGACUGCGCUCAGCGGUGGUGCAGGCCUGGCACCGGGAGGCUUGCCCCAGCCUUUCCUUCCUGCAGCCUCUGUCCCUGGUGGGGCUGGCCCUCAGCAAGCCUCUGCUGCAUCUUCACCAAUUUCCGUAUCGCGGGGAAAAUUCUUGUCUAUUUUCAGUUGUAUGCACAGAUGCCCCAGGGUGGGGGGCCUGUUGUGGCGGAAAGGGGUCCCUGGAAACAGCUCUGGCACUGAACCUGCCCUACAGGCUGUAGGGGGUGCCUGGAGCCUAGGGGCAUGCACAUGCCCUGCGGGGGGUGGUGAGGAAGCCUGUCUGCAGCUUCUUCCAGCCCCACUGGUGCCCAGAAAGGAGCUUCCCCUGCCUGCCUGAGCUGUAAACCCAGCAGUCAUUUCAAACACCCCUGCACCUCUGAGCAAGGCAGGCCAUGUUUAAGAGCUUGCUCUCCGAGCCAGCACUCCAGGGACCUGAGGUGGUCGCAUCCCUGCCCUGAAUUCCUGAAGCACCAGCUCCCUGCCCCACCCUCUGGUGCCUGGGGCAGCCGGGGGGCUUCUACUGUCAUCUCUGACCAGCAGAAUCCACCCAGUGACCAGUGAUGGCCCUUCGGCCGACCCUCCCGGCAGCUCAGCCCGUGGCUUUUCAGGCUGUGGUUCCCACGUGGACUGGGAAGCAGUCUCAGCCACCGGGGUGCUGUUCCGCUGCCCCUCCCUGCCACCAGCAGGUGGGUGAGGGGUGGCCCACUGGGUGGGGGCUGGUGCUAGGAGUCGCCCACAUGCUCAGACCUCCCACAGCUCACUGCCAGGGGCCUAGGUUGCCAUCCCUGGUGGCUCCAGGGACCAAGAGGCCAUCACCGUCUGUCUAUAGAGAGCAGACGGGAGCAGAACAGCCCCCGGGAUACCCGAGUCUCUGCUUGUGCCCUCCCAGCCCACACUGGGGCUCUUGGCAGCUGGGAGGCAGCCCCCGCAAACCGCAUACCAGGGCCCCGCCAUCCUCACAGAGUGGGAGAAGCCGCAGCAAAGCUUCACCUCUGCAGACCCCAUCUUAGGGGCACAGUGCUCAGGCCUGCGACCCUGGGUGGUGGAGCCCUGUUCUGAUCUUUGGCCCUGGGGGCCCUGAUCUGCUGUCUGCCCCGGCCCAUGCCAUCCAAAGGGUGAGGUGGGUUCCCCUGUGCCCUGCCUCCCUCUGUCAGCGAACCUGGGACCCUCUUCCCUACUGCCUGCACCGAGGACCCUGACCCUGGGCCAGCAAGGUGGCCCCAGGCCCACAUUGGGCACUAGGACAGGUUCCGUGCCAGAGUUGGGGGCCACACAGGGCCUGGUGCCAGUGAGGGGGCGUGUGCUGGAGAGGGAAAGGGGCCCCUGCCCAGCUAUCCACCUCGUGGGCCACGCUGUGUCCUUAUGUCAUUGUAAUAUAAAUACAGAUUUUUAUACCUC